GCCCUAUUGUGGCUAUUGGUGAGAAGUGUGAGGUGAGGAGCGAUUGUGAAAGAGUUGCAAAGCAAUGAUGUCAUAGUUUUAAGUAUGUGCCAUGGGAGAGCAUAUGGUUCGUACCCGCUGCCGAGCGGCAGUGUUGCUUUGUUAUGAACAGGCGGCGCUGUAGCUGGCGGAAGAGUAAGUCGCCCAGCCCAGUAUAUCUUCGCCUGGAAAAUAGAAACCGAGGGGGAGACGAGAAAACGGGAGGAGAAAAUACGGUGUUGGCAGGAGGAGAAAGAGAAAGCUACGAUAAUGGCCGCUAAAUCGGAUGGGGUAUUGAAAAUGAAAAAGAGCGAUGUAGCUUUCACGCCUUUGCAGAAUUCGGACCACUCGGGCUCAGUACAAGGACUCGUUCCAGGAUCGCAGCCGGAUUCGGGAAUUGGGGAUGGGGACUUCGUGAAUGGGGAAUCUCGGUGCUGUGGUUCUAAAUCGACAUGUCUUCGCCUUGGCAGAGAGCAGCAAACUAAAUACACGAUAUGGGACUGUCUAUGGAUCCUCGCCGCAGUGGCGGUGUAUUUCGCCGAUGUAGGCACCGAUAUUUGGCUUUCUGUCGACUAUUACCUCCGUCGCGAGUACUGGUGGUUCGGACUCACACUAUUUUUUGUGGUGCUAGGGUCGUUCUCCGUCCAAGUCUUCAGUUUCCGAUGGUUCGUCCACGAUUUCAGCACCGAGGAGAGCUCAAAUGCCGGCGGUGCGGCAAACUGCUCAUCCCACAUGGACGGGAAGCUGCUGACUGGUUCUGCUUCACAUGGAGACGUGGGCGCCCAACCGUCCACACCUCAAAAACAGGCAUCCACCGCCAGCAAGAGCAACACCACAAGCAACAGUAACAGCAGCACAGCAACCCGGACUAAUAAGCAAAGGUCGGCGUCCUGUUCUGUCUUUAUCUGGUCCGCGCAAUCCGUCAUCCACAUCUUGCAGCUUGGGCAAAUUUGGAGGUAUUUCCAUGCCAUCUACCUGGGCAUCCGGAGCCGGCGCAGUGGGGACCAUGACCGCUGGAGGUUCUACUGGAGGAUGGUGUACGAGUUCGCUGACGUCAGCAUGCUGCACCUCCUGGCCACCUUCCUGGAGAGCGCUCCUCAGCUGGUCCUGCAGCUCUGCAUCAUCAUCCAGACCCACAAACUGCAGGCCGUCCAAGGAAUGACAGCGGCUGCCUCCCUUGUGUCUUUGGCCUGGGCCCUGGCAUCCUAUCAGAAAGCGCUGCGCGACUCCCGGGACGACAAGAAGCCAAUCAGCUACCUGGCUGUCAUCAUCCAGUUCUGCUGGCAUUUCUUCACCAUCGCUGCCCGGGUCAUCACCUUCGCCCUGUUCGCCUCCGUGUUCCAGCUCUACUUCGGCAUCUUCAUCGUCCUGCAUUGGUGCUUCAUGACCUUCUGGAUAGUCCACUGCGAGACCGAGUUUUGCAUCACCAAGUGGGAGGAGAUUGUCUUCGACAUGGUAGUGGGCAUCAUCUACAUCUUCAGUUGGUUUAAUGUGAAGGAGGGUCAUACUCGGUGUAGGCUUUUCAUCUACUACUUUGUGAUCCUGCUGGAGAACACUGCUCUGAGUGCCCUGUGGUACCUGUACCGCGUCCCUCAGAGCACCGACGCCUUCGCCGUCCCCGCCCUCUGUGUCAUCUUCAGCAGCUUCCUCACCGGCAUCGUCUUCAUGCUCAUGUACUACGCCUUCUUUCACCCCAACGGGCCCCGCUUCGGACACUCACCCAGCCUCGUGCUGGACGACCCCACCGCUGCUUUCAUGCUGCCCACCGAGGGGGCCACCAACUCGCUGAGGUCCAAUCGGGGUGUGCCCCUCAUCUCGGGGGAUGGCACCAUUGGCAGAGACGCCAAAUACACAGAGAGGGACGGCUGUAUGCCCGUGUUUCAGGUGAGACCCACCGCCCCCUCCACGCCGUCCUCCCGUGCCCCACGCAUCGAGGAGACAGUCAUCAAAAUAGACCUGUGUCGGAAUCGCUAUCCGGCCUGGGAGAGGCACGUACUGGACAGGAGUAUACGCAAGGCCAUCCUGGCCAUCGACUGUUCCCCCACGCCACCCAGACUCCAGUACAAAGAUGACACUACUGUUCAGGAGCGUCUAGAGUACGAGACCACGUUGUAGCCCUGCACCGCUGCCUGGAUGCCUGGAUGAAGGAUCCAUGGAAAUGCUCAACUGUAAUAAAGGAUGACCAUCAACUUAGAUUUACAGCAGGACUGUGGCAAUAAUACCUUAUGAGCUCUCUCUAUAUACAUACUAGCAUUGAACCAUGAUGUUGGUUGUCAUGGUUACAACUUCAGAAUAAAGAAUGUCGCACACUCCAUGUAUAAUCUCCCAGCAAUUCAAUGGAUAUUUACCAAUGUUUCGGCAUCACUGUGAUUUCCUCAGAGGAAGGCACACUUCCUCACCCUGAGGAAGGCACAGUGAUGCCGAAACGUUGGUAAAUA